AUCAGUUUCAUAUGUAAUCAUUAGUGCGCAUGCUUGACCUGCAUAACUUUCAACUGAAACUUAAAUUUACAUCCUACAUUUCCAUUAUUCUGCGAUGGUGAUGACAGCUUGCGGACAGCGGCCGUUGGCGGACGCUCCAGGAGGGUCACGUGUUGUUGGAGGGCGCAAUGCACCUUUGGGUGCAUGGCCUUGGCAGGUCAGCGUGCAGGUGAGGUCCUGGCAUCUCUGUGGCGGGACCAUCCUCAACAGCCACUGGGUGCUCACCGCUGCACACUGCUUCACUAUCGUUCCACCCCAUAGGAUGUCCAGUCUGCGCGUGGUGGCAGGACUCAACGUGCUAACAGAACCAGGGCGGUACUCCCAGCACCGCUAUGUUGUGGAGGUCAGAGCCCAUGAGAAGUUCCACCACCCCAGCUACUCCAACGACAUAGCUCUUAUGCGUCUCAGCUCUCCACUGGAGUACACAGACUUUGUCCAGCCUGUCUGUACAGUGGAAGACGAGAUGGAGGAGUUUGACUUAAACCUCAACCAAUGUUUCGUCAGUGGUUGGGGCAGCACUUCUUUCAAAGGAAAGCCAAUGGACACACUGCAAGAAGCUGAGGUGGAGCUGUUUGAGCAAAAUACUUGUAACCGGAUCGACUGGUACAACGGUUACAUCAAGAAUGGCAUGAUCUGUGCUGGCUCUGAGACCGGGGUGGUCGACACAUGUCAGGGAGACAGUGGAGGCCCACUCCAGUGCUUCAGUGAGGAUCAGGAAAAAUUCUACAUUGUUGGCGUGACAAGUUUUGGGGAUGCCUGCGGAUUGCCUAAAAGACCCGGAGUGUAUACUAGGGCCAGCAAGUACUCAGCCUGGCUGAAGACGACUCAGUCAAGAUCCCUGUCAGCCGUCUGUCAGCUAGAUAACAGUUUCAUCUUCGUCCUGUCCAUCUCAUGGAUGGUCAUUACAUUUUGGUUUUGAUGACUUUACAUUGUCAAUAGUUUUCUGUCACUUCUCAG